AUGCUGCGUGGAAGCCUGUCUCUUGGACGUCAGCUCACAAAUAAGCAGAGCCCCGCGAUAUGGCGUUCGAAUCGACGAUAUGCCACUACUUUCACUGAUCUGAGUCAAUUUCCAAAGGCUGGCGAGAAGCUCUACGGCUUCACUGUUAAGAGGGCAAAGACUGUACCUGAGCUCGAGCUAGCAGCGAUUCAACUCACCCACGACAAGACUGGCGCAGAUUAUAUUCAUGUGGCGAGGGAGGACAAGAACAAUGUUUUUGCAGCUGGAUUUAAGACAAACCCAGACGAUGAUACAGGAGUACCGCAUAUCCUCGAGCAUACAACCCUUUGUGGAUCUGAGAAAUAUCCAGUCCGUGACCCAUUUUUCAAAAUGUUAAAUCGGAGUUUAUCGAAUUAUAUGAAUGCUUUCACCUCCAGUGACCACACUACGUAUCCGUUUGCAACCACGAACCCAAUCGACUACGAGAAUCUUCGCGAUGUUUACCUUGACGCCACACUGAAACCCCUUCUGAAAGAAUCCGAUUUCAGGCAGGAGGGAUGGCGAGUUGGCCCGGAAGAUAUCAAAGAUCCAAACUCCCUGCUCUUGUUCAAGGGUGUAGUAUACAACGAGAUGAAAGGGCAAAUGUCUGAUGCUUCUUACUUGUUCUAUAUUCGCUUUCAGGACUACAUCUUCCCAAGCAUCCACAACUCUGGAGGGGACCCACAGAAGAUAACCGAUCUGACAUUAGAGCAACUGAGAGAAUUUCACAAAAGACAUUACCACCCGAGUAAUAGCAAGAUAUUUACAUAUGGGGAUAUACCACUAGAAACGCAUUUGCAAAAGCUUAACGACAAACUUAGUGUUUUCGAUAAGAUUGAGGUUGAGCAGGAUUUAAGAGAACCUAUUAAGCUUGAUCAGUCAAAGAGAGUGAAAGUCUAUGGGCCCAUUGAUCCGCUUAUGGACAAGGAUUCGCAAUACAAGACUUCGGUCUCAUGGAUUAUGAACGAUACUGCGGACAUAGUUGAAACUUUUGGAUUAAGGAUUUUGUCGACAUUGUUGCUAGACGGAUAUGGUUCACCGAUGUACAGAGGCCUCAUUGAGGCUAAAUUGGGUUCAGACUUUUCUCCUAACACUGGGUUCGAUACGGGGUCGAAGAGAAGUAUUUUUUCGGUCGGCCUUCAGAACGUAAGGAUAGAAGAUGUGCAAAAGGUUGAAGACACGAUCCAUGAAUGUUUGAAAGACGUGAGACAAAAAGGGUUUGACCAGAAGAAGAUCGAUGGGGCCCUUCAUCAACUAGAACUCGCUUUGAAGCAUAAAACCGCAAAUUUUGGCAUGUCAGUAAUGCAAGGCCUUACUCCAGCCUGGCACAAUGGCGUUGAUCCCUUCGAUGUCCUCGCCUGGGAAUCCACUGUCUCUGCUUUUAAAGAAGCUUAUAAUAAAGGGGGCUUUUUUGAAGGUCUUCUGGAUAAAUAUCUUCUCAACACCAACACUUUGGUGUUUACUAUGGCACCCUCCAGAGAUUACACUACCCAGAUUGCUGAAGAGGAAGUAGAGCGUUUGAAUGCAGAGAUCUCAAAGAUUGGUGACGAAGUUGUUGCUCGUGAGAUCCUGAUGAAGCAAGAAACAGAGCUAGCAGAGUUGCAGGAACAGGCAAAGCAGCAGGACUUGAGUUGUUUGCCGACGCUUAAGGUCGAAGAUAUCUCGAAGACGACAGAGAGAAAGGAGUUAUGGCAUACCAAGAUUGGGGAUGUUCCAGUCCAGUGGAGGAAGGCGCCGACAAAUGGGUUGACUUACUUUAGAGCCGUCAGCACAUUCAAGGACCUUCCCGAAGAACUUCGUCUCUAUCUUCCUCUUUUUACUGAAGCCAUUCUGCGCCUCGGAACUGCCAGGCGUUCAAUGGAAGAGCUUGAGGACCAAAUCAAACUUAAGACUGGCGGGAUCAAGGCUGGUAGUCACAUCUCCACAAGUCACUCAAACCUUGAGGUUACAGAAGAAGGGCUGGUUUUUAGCGGGUUUGCGCUUGAUAGGAACAUCCCAGAUAUGUUUGAGCUUCUUAGGAUAAUUUUGUUGGAGACAAGUUGGACCCAUAUUUCAAAGCUGAGGACUCUCGUACAAGGCAUCGCGAGUGGGUUUGUGAAUAGUCUUGCAGAGAGUGGACAUGCCUAUGCUAUGACCUUUGCGGCAGCACAUCUGACUCCGGCUGCCAGAGUGAAGGAGGUCUCAGGAGGAAUGACGCAGGUUAGACUUAUUAGUCACAUGGCGAACAAGGAGUUCUACAUUGAUGCCCAAGCGAAGCUAAGAGAAAUUGCCAAAUUCGCUGCUCGUCAAAAUGGCUUCCGAGCUGCCAUAACCUGCAGUACCGAGGCCGUAUCCUCUAAUGAAGCCGCUCUAUCAAAGUUUUUGGAGAGCCUUCCAAAAGUUGAAUCUCCCACUGAAGAUAACAUCGGCUCCUUCGACUUGACGGUUCCCUCUAAAGCCUUCUUCCCCCUCCCGUAUCAGGUUUCGUACACAGCCAUGUGUAUGAAGACUGUCCCUUACACCCAUCAGGACGGCCCAGCACUCCAAGUCCUUGCACAGCUGCUCACCCAUAAGCAUCUCCACCACGAAAUCCGAGAGAAGGGCGGCGCGUACGGAGGCGGUGCGUUCCACAGGGGCACCGGAGGCGUUUUCGGAUUCUACAGUUACAGAGAUCCAAACGUACCUAAUACUUUAAAGGUUAUGGAAGGUGCUGGUGAAUGGGCGGCAAGAAACGAGUGGAGUGAUAGGGAUUUGGAGGAGGCAAAGCUGGGAAUUUUCCAAAGCGUAGAUGCCCCACAAGCGGUUUCGUCUGAGGGAAUGACAUACUUCCUGGAUCGAAUUACAGACGAUAUGAGACAGACUCGCCGUGAACAACUCCUUGCCGUCACCGGAAAGGACAUUCAGAAAGCCGCGGAGAACUACUUAAUCAAGCAGAUCAAUUCAGGGCAGACGGCGGUUGCUGUCCUGGGUGAGAAGAAGGAGUGGUCGACGCCUGAAGCUGGGUGGGACAUCUUCCCGCUGAGCUUGGAAUCCGAGAAGGAUGCAAAGGUGACGCUUUAG